CGACGCAGUCCUGCCCUCUGCGCUCUAUCACAAGAUCAACAAGGACGAGGCUGUUUUUCUUCUGUCCCACAUCAACCUGUCAGGCCAAAGGGAGAAAAACACACGAGACCUGCGCAUGUGUCAGAACCGGAGGAUCUUAUGUCAUAUCUCCGCAUCCUAACAUUUCAGAUCAGCACACAUCUGUGAUUUCAGCCAUGAGUCUUUCUGGAAACAUCUGCACCUUGAGCUUCUGCGUCCUGCUGUUGUGUUGCUCGGGUUCGUUCAGUCCAGUUCCAUCUGAAGAUCAACACUCGAUUCCAGGAGCGCUCAAAGCUGCCGUGGAGUCUUCUCUCCUCAAGCGGGAUGAUCGUGUGGAUAUGGAGGACAUUCUGGGGCAGUUCCUGCACUUGUUAAACUUCUCAGAUCAGGGGCCCCUGCAGAGGCCCCGAAACAGCCGCGUUGAGCCACCGGAGUACAUGCUGGAACUUUACAACCGCUUUGCCAACGACCGAACCGUCAUGCCGUCAGCAAAUAUUGUGCGCAGUUUCAAGAAUGAAGAUCACUCUGCACACAGUGUGAUGAGCAAAAGCUUGCGAACGCACCCUCUUCUAUUCAACAUCUCUGUCCCGCAACACGAGCAUGUCAUUAAAGCUGAACUGCGCCUGUACACACUUCUCAAGAGAGACGCACGCCACCAUAUCAGAGCGGAAUGGAAGGUCACCAUUCUUGAAAUGCAGAGGGGUGGGCACUCCGGGAAUGCUGCGGAUGCCAAUGACAGCGCAGGUGAGAAAGAUCAGCAUGGAAUGCAGGAGUUGGCAUCGAAUCGCGUCCAUCGCAAGGACAGUGGCUGGGAGGUGUUUGAUCUGACGAAAGCUGUUCAGCACUGGAAAAGGUCAAGCAGUUUGACCCCAAGACUGGAGGUGCAUAUUGAAAAUCUGAAUCGUGACAAUGCUGCGAUACCUUGUAGGAAUACGAAUGAGUGGAACGGUCGACAGUUUGUAGAUCUGGACAUUGACAGGAAUCCGAACGGAAAACACGAGCCAGCGCUCAUCGUCUUCUCAGAUGAUCAUCAGGAAGGCCGGAGAAAACUCAAGCUCAAAAACUCAAAAGAGGAGAAUGAACUGCCCGGCAUCGAUGAACGCUGGACGGAUGAGGACGAAGAGCAGGACGAAGCACUGUUAAUGCAGAUGCACUCAAACGUGAUCUACGACAACGCUCCAAGAGUCCGUCGCAGUGCUAAAGUGGAGGACUGCAGGAGGGCCGAGAUGUACGUAGAUUUCAAAGACAUAGGUUGGGACUCGUGGGUUGUCGCCCCGGCCAGUUAUCAAGCGUACACCUGCCGCGGUUCCUGUAACUAUCCACUGGCUCCGGAAGUAACGCCAACCAAGCACGCCAUCAUCCAAACGCUUCUCAAUCUGAAGAGUCCCCAGAAAGCCUCACAAGCAUGCUGUGUGCCCACCAAGUUACAGCCCAUCUCUCUCCUCUAUGAGAAUAAAAAUGGCGUCGUGGUUUUAAAACAUAAGUACGAGGGAAUGGUGGUUGCGGAAUGUGGAUGCAGAUAAAACCAGACACAACAAAAGACUCUUUCCUGAAUAAAACAAGAUGAAGCGUCUCUAUGGAGGAAGUACGGAAGCAAAAACCAUCUUGCAUCUUCGUGAACUGAACAUCUAGACAUGGCAUGACAUCACUGAGCAAGAACAAGGGCGUGCCACAGCAUUUUUAUUUAGGCCUGUAUACUGUAUAUUUAGCCUUUGUAAAUUAGUACAUUUUCAAAUGUAUCCUCGAAUGUAAUAUACAGUGUUUUGGGGUGUUUAAUCAUUUGUCACAUAUAACUGAGAAUUACAAGCUGAAACUGCUCACAUGACUUGCUGAAAUAAUGCUUGAUUUGAGUGUGGCAUGAGUCUUGUUUCACACGGUUCACACUUUAGGAAGUCAUUCUGGGUAUAUAGGUUUCAAGGUUUCACACUGUACAUUUGUAAACCGUGGGUUAACUUUUUGAUUUGCAUAUUUAUAAGGUCGAUAUCAAUCAUUGGACGUAGGACUGAUCAUUACAAUAACGGCUGUUGCAACUAACUGAGCGUGUCAAAGUGUCAAUUACAGAAUUCUGCACUCCAGAAUUUCGAUAUACUCUAAAACUUUCUAUUUACGAUUUGUUUUUCUGCAACACUGUAACAAAUCAGAGACGUUCGUUGCGCGCAAUGAAUGAUGACUUUGAUGGUCCAGACACAGUCUGACUUUUUGACAUUUUCUGUGCUGGUUUUGCAUAAACCAACCGCUCUUGAAUGGAUGUAAAAAUGCGUUGAAGUGAUUUAAGAGUACAGUCUGAAGCGAUUCGGUCCAGUCCCUGUACUAUAAGCCACUAGUGUCCGUUCCUACUGCUGUCGCUCUAACGUUAUUUAGUAUAUAGGUCGAUAUCAAUCAUUGGAUGUAGGACUGAUCAUUACAAUAACGGCUGCUGCAACUAACUGAGUGUGUCAAAGUGUCAAGUACAGAAUUCUGCACUCCAGAAUUUCGAUAUACUCUAAAACUUACUGCUGUCGCUCUAAUGUUAUUUGUGGACGUAACGUUAUUCUAAUUUUACAUGAAGUAAAUUUUAUUGUCGCCGGACACGCCCUCAUGUAGUUGCUAACGGUCGCUGUCGCUUAUGCCACCGGAAGUCGCCAACUCUCAUUCAAAAUGAGUACAAUUAUGGGCCUAUUUUAAGAGCGCUAAGUGCAGCACUAUGCUGUAAGUCACAAGUGCAAAGUCUAUUGGCAUGGCCAUGAAGUUUUGCGCCAUGAAGGCGCAAGCGGGUUUGGCGAAAGUGUACGUGCACAAAGCACUAAUGGGCCGGGUCAAGUGCAAUUUAAUUUGGAGGUUUGGCACCACCAAUAUAGUCCAUUUCCUGUCAAGCACCAGCGAUAUAAACAAAGUCAGCACAUUCAUGAGAAGUUGGACGUGUAAAUGGACUGUAGGCAAUGAACUAGAAGAAUACAAAUAUGGACUUUUUGUGCAUUAACUGCCUCCUUGUUGAAUGUCAGGCAACAAAUCCAAACAUUUUACCCUCUCCAACUUUCAUCAGCUUCUUUAGCAUUGACUUAAAAAUCACUAUGACAACAGGUGGAAAAACACCAAUACAAAUGAAAUCAUAAAUACAAUUGUAAAUACUACUAAAAAAUAAACAAUGACCUAAAGAUAGUUUAAUGCUCCCACCAAUGCCCACUUGCACUGGCAUGACAAUUGCGCUUAGAAUUGCAUGUAGCCCUUUAUCACUGCAAGUCGUUGCAUGUGUGAACGGAGCUUUAAUGGCUAAUGAAGGUAUUAUCAAAUUAGCUUAAAUAUGAAGUAACCCGUUUUAAUGCAGUAUGAAGCAUGUUUUGUGUUUCACAUGGACACAGUUCUCAGCUUGUUUUGGAUGUUUGCCAACAUAAAGAACAGGGCAUGCAGUUGCCCUAAACAAAACACGUAUUUUAAUGUAAAUUAUAUUGAUCAAAAUUGAUAAUCGUGAAACAAUAUCACGGAAAAUAAUCGGCAAUAGUGAUUUAAUUUUACAAUCUUGCAGCUUAAGGCCAAAACAUACUCUACACAAGUACAUGAAAACGGUUGUGAGCGUUUGGCCACCGCAUUACCAACUCGUGGUCCGGUUAACGUAAUUAGCGUGUUUUUGCAUUACCGUGGUGGGAACUAACAUCAGUACUCAAGGAGGCGAUAGAGGUGCGUUCAAACGCCACAGUGCCAUUAAACUAAAUGUGUUAUUAUUCUGGUAAGUUUCUAUAAUGUAUUAUAGAAAUAUAAUCUCGCUAUACCGCCCCCUUGUGGCAAUGUCGAGAAUGCAACGAGGGCUUGAGUUGUUUAAUGAAUUGCGGUCGGACACAUUUAGGAAUGCCACUAUGAGGUGCAAAUUGCAUGUUGUGUUGCAAAUCGAGCUUGUGUAACUAGAAGCGUCUGCGUUUACGUACUUGCGUACCCCACGAGCCUGUGUUACUGCUAAUCUAUGGACCUCUUUGGGUGAGUUUGGAAUGGCAUACUUGCAUUAUUACUCUUACUACUUCUGCCAUUUACAUCUAUGGCAGACAUAGACAUGUUCUGAACCCAUCCUUUAUCUGUGGUAAUAUCUUAGAGCAAAUCUGCUCUUGUCUUUCGUCUUCUGAAACACUACAAAAACACACCGCACCAGUUUGCCGUCACUGAUCGACUUUUUACCAGUUACCCUCAGAUGGAGAACAUGAUGCGUGAACUUUCCUGUGACUGUACAGAAUGUGUGAAUACAGGGUUUAAUCCGGCGCUAACCCGCUUUCAAAAUUGCAAGUGAGAAACGUUGCUUUACCUGGGGUUAAAAGCGGGGUUAGGUUGAGAUGAUCGCGGGGUUUAGCGGUGUAUGAAAGACCCUUAAACUGGUGAAUCUGGUGGUCCAGCAACAACUUUUUUUGGUGAUGCUGGCCUGGGUGACCAAGGACAUUUAGCUGGAUAAUAUACUCAAGAAAUCUCGUUGGAACACGAGCACAGCGGCCGCAUCCAAAACACAACAUAUGCUGUUUCUUUGCAGACUUUUAUUCAUAUACAAAUGAGGAAUACAGCAAAAGUGAUUCAUCCUAAGAAGGCAAUAAAUUGAGAAGAAGAACUAGAGGAAGGAAUUUUAAGAAGAAGAAGAAGAAAGAAUACUGUAGGGAGGCUUUAGUAGGGAAACUAUUCAGUCAACAGCACACUGUGAAAUAACGCUGAAUUGACCCAAAACAUUCUUCCGUCCUGAAGGUUCCUCUGAACUGUAAUAAUCGACCCGCCACUCUGUUGCUCACAUGCCUUGCGAGCCACUGCCACGCUCUCUACCACACAGCUAUGAUAACGAGGUGUCAAAAACAGAGAAGUGUAUGACCCCUCACUCCGGAUGAGACCUCAUUCCAAGUGUUGUGUAGUUGGACUGGAGAGCCGUCAAAUUCCUGAGCACCCACAGCAACAGUCUCCAACGAUGCUCACGCUUCCUUUCCCCCACACAAGUCUCUGCCAGAUUGUCCCUCGCUCUCUCCAAUGGGACCCCUACACCUUAAAACAUGUCUACUGUUAAGAUGACUAGAGGCGAGUUCACAACGACCCAACAAAUGACAAUAGGGUUAACGAACUGAUCCAACAGUGUUGGGAACGCUAUGCUGGAACGGCAUAUUCCCAAGCUACAGUUCAUUUAUAUGAACCGUCUGAAAGAACCGACUGGCUAAAAUGAAUCAGAGUUCCCAACGUUAAAUAAAGGGAAUAUACAAUAUACUAAUGGAAACCCUACUCACCAACACUCAAUCCGAGACGUCCCUAGUGUUGGCAUUUGGUGUUUGUUGGCAUUUGUUGGGGCAGUGUGAACCAACCUUAGUAUAAUCUGCCAUGCAACUUUUCUUUUUAUUUAUAAAAGUCUCAUUAUGAGUUUGUGUGUGUUUGAUUUAUGUUGCAUAUACUCAAGCAAACUUUCUUCCAUGCAUCUCAAGUAAAAUCAAAGUCUUUAUGAAAGUAUCUGUUUAGAGCAGGGGCGCCCAAUACGUCGAUCGCGAUCUACCAGUCGAUCGCAAAGGCAAUGCUGGUAGAUCGCACAAAAUUUAAAUGUACUUUCGUUA